AUGGGACGAGCGUCAAAGGACAAGCGUGAUAUAUAUUACCGCAAAGCCAAGGAGGAGGGAUGGCGCGCGAGAAGCGCCUACAAGCUGCUGCAAAUCGACGACGCAUUCGGCAUUCUCAACAAUGUGCGGAACGUGGUUGACCUUUGCGCGGCCCCCGGCAGUUGGAGCCAGGUGAGAUGGCGGUGGGAACAAGGGCGAAAAUGGGGCGCUGUGGGUGUUGAGAUCAUCUGUGAAUUCCUGUGCCCGUGCGGAAUGAAAUAUGGUCCUGGCACGCUUCAGGCGAUGUCGGUCACCGGUGCAUCUGGAGCGCAGGUUUGUUGCCCAUUGGCACAUGUCUUGCCACUCCGCCCCAAUGAACAACGCGCAAGCGGUGGCCGCUUCGGUUGUUGA